AUGGCCCAGAUGUUUCAGUCUUUACGACACACAAACCUCUCCACCUCCAGCACACAAACCUCUCCUCCUCCAAAACACAAACCUCUCCACCUCCAGCACACUAACCUCUCCACCUCCAGCACACUAACCUCUCCUCCUCCAAAACACAAACCUCUCCUCCACCAGCACACUAACCUCUCCACCUCCAGCACACAAACCUCUCCACCUCCAGCACACAAACCUCUCCACCUCCAGCACACUAACCUCUCCACCUCCAGCACACUAACCUCUCCUCCUCCACACACAAACCUCUCCCCUCCACAGCACACUAACCUCUCCACCUCCAGCACACAAACCUCUCCACCUCCGAGUAUCGUACCUCCACGACCUCCAACCAUCCACUGCAUCUUACUCUCGCCUCAGAACCUCAUUAACUCCACGUCUUCCACAUCCACUCCAACUCUUAUCCUUACCUCUAGGCUCUUCUGGCCUGACCUCAAAAAUGACCUUGUCUCCCGCAGGAUCAAUGGCACGGGAGGUCAUUACCGCGUCACGUGCGCUGUGUCGUACCCAGGAACACGUGGAAUCAUGUUGGCGAUGCGUCGACUGCGCGCUGGUGAUGUGUGA